AUGACGUCCGUCGCCGAUAUUGAGCAGAUGAAUAAGGUCCGGGUGUCGCUUGGUAUGGCACCGCUGGCAGUUCCCGGCCAAAGCGGACCUCAAUUCAGAGGAGAUGACUCGGGCAGCGACAGCGACGAGAGCGAUGACCUCAGCACCCUGGACAAGCGUGCUGCAGCUGCCGGGAGUAACUGGCAAAAGCUUGAGGCUGAGAAGAAGGAGAAGCUCGAGCGGCAGAAACGGAAGGAAGAGGCGAAAAAGGCACGAGAUCGAGCGGCACGAACUGCGAAGCUUGAGGGCAAAGGCUUGGGCGAAGCGGACGAAGACGAAGAAGUUGACACGCGCACAUGGCUGUUGCAGCAGAAGAAGCGCCAGAAGAAGAUCGAGAAGCUGCGGAAGCUCGAAGAAGAACUGGCCGCGCGGGAGCAGCAGCAGGUGGAAUACACUGCCAAAGAUCUUGCUGGGGUCAAAGUCGGACACGAGGCUGAUCAGUUUGACGACUUCACCGGCGAGCAGGUUCUUACGCUUAAGGAUACUGAGAUUGGUGAUGAGAGUGAGGACGACGAGCUGGAAAGUGCCGAUCUCAAGGCGAAGGAGAAACUUGAGGAGAGGUUACGCUUGGCCAAGAAACGGCCGGACUAUGACCCGACGGAGCAGGGAGAGAAGCAAAACGUUCUUUCCAAGUACGACGAGGAGAUUGAUGGCAAGCAACAGAAGCGCUUCACUCUGGAUGGACAAGGCAGCUCCGCAGCUGAAGCAGCACGCAAAAGAGCAAGCGAGAAUGGUCAGACAAAGAGCAAAGGCAUUCAAAUCUCCUUGGAUAUGCUCAAGGAUGAUGCCCCCACUUCCGACUACGUCGACCCGUCGACAAUCAAAGUCAAAAAGCCCAAGAAGGGCAAGAAGGAGAAGAAGACUCGCCAAAGGGCCGCGGACGACGAUGACGUUAUUGUGCAGCCCGCGAGCACUGCUGAUGCGGAUGCAAUGGAUGUGGACAACACUGCAGUGACCAAAAAGCCCGUGUUCGAAUUCGAUGACGAUGAUCUUCAGGCGAAGCUAGCUGAACAGCGUCGACUGGCCCUGAAAAAGCGCAAGAGAACAGAUGCUGCAGAGGUCGCUCGACAGAUGCGCGAGGAAAUGCCAAUCGAUGAGCCAGAGCUCGAAGAUGGUGGCAUGGUCAUUGACGAGACUACUGAGUUUGUCGCUAACCUCAAGAAGCCAGAAGAAGAAGAACCAAGCAGAGCGAGACAGAGCAAAACUCCGCAGCCGGCUCAUAAGCAAGAUGACGAGGACGAAGACGGUGACGUCAACAUGGCUCAGGAGUCGUAUGGCGCUCUGCAAGACAAGGACGAGCCUGUUGAGAGGACCGCGCAGGACAUUACCGCUACUGGACUCGAAGAAGAAGAGAGUAUGGCUGGCCAGGGCAUUGCGGCAACGCUCGCAAUGCUACGCAAGCGCGACUUGAUUGCGAACCCCGCCUCGGAGGAUCUGGCUGAGAAGGAGCGCCGUCGGCAGAACUUCCUGGCGGAGAAGCAGCACUUGAUCGACGACUACGACCGAAAAGCUCGCGAGCAGCGUGAAGCCGAUCGUCGCAGCGGCCGCUACGACAAGCUGAGUAACCGCGACCGUGAGAACCAGGCACGCCAGCAGAACGACCAAAGGGAGCAGUACAUCGCUCGCUUGCUUGCUGAAAAGUUCAACAAAGAGUACCGUCCAGACGUGCAGCUGAGGUACAACGAUGAAUACGGUCGCUCCAUGAACCAGAAGGAAGCCUUCAAACAUCUCAGUCAUAUGUUCCACGGCAAAGGCUCAGGCAAGCAAAAGACUGAAAAGCGUCUCAAGAAGAUUGAGGACGAGAAGAAGGAGUCUUCCAAGGGCAUGCUCAGCGUCGACGAGCGUGGCAUGACCAAUGUGCAAGGCAGAGAGUCAAAGAGGCAGAAGACUGCAGGUGUUCGGCUGCAGUGA